AUAUCCAAGGCCAGCUACAAUGACCAUGGCGCUUUGUGCGUUUUCAGAUUUACCGCAUGCUUUUUGUGACAGUUAAUGGCCAUUCUAAAAGCACCAAACAAAAAAUAGUAAUUACCUCUUAUAAUGGGAAUUUGUUUGUGUCUCCAAAGGAGUACGAAACAAAGUCAGAACGACGGGGGUUCGCAUUAUUACCUAGGUUCGACUCCAACGACCGCAAACAAUGCGGCAAAGUACCUUUGUCACCAAACGCUUGAAGUUACGAAUAAUGGAACUACUGCCGACAUCGCUCCAACGAACGUCAACCAAGUGACACUGUACAACCUCGGUCCUAAAAAUUCUCUUGCCGUCUCGAGGAAUGUUGUGGCUGAUAUGCAUAUGACUUGUGUAGCUGGUCAGAAUAAUGCAAUAACGUCAGCAAUAUCUACUGUGUCUCCGGGGGGAAUUGGGGUCCAAGCGAGACCUUUGGUACAGGUCCGCGCCCUUUAUUCAUAUCAGGGCCACAACCAAGAUGACCUCUCGUUCCAGAAAGGAGAUAUAAUGUUUGUUAUAUCUGGUAUGUCUGAUGCAUGGUGGUUUGCAAGACAUUCCGACACUGGAAUGAGUGGGUACAUACCCAGUAACUACGUCUGUCUGAAUGAUGGACUUCCAACUAGCUUGGAUGCCUGGUAUGACAUAGGUCGACGUGAAGCUGACCGAAAACUUUUGCUAGUGGGGAACCCCAAAGGAACAUACCUUAUUAGACCUAGUUCAGAAACCCAGAAUUAUGCACUCUCUGUUCGACAUUAUGACUCCGAAAAAAAUAUGUGGGUUGUAAAACACUAUCGCAUUCGGAUCCUUGAUAAUAACGGUGGCUUCUUUAUUAGUAUUCGCACGACCUUCCCGAAUAUUCAGGACCUCAUAAAUUAUUAUACAGUACACCCAGAUGGUUUAUGCUGUCGAUUGUCUAUCCCAUGCCCACGUGCAUAUCGUCCACCCGUGCAAUUUCGUGAUUUUGAAAUUAAUCGUGAUAGCAUAACAAGAAUUCGAAAGUUGGGUCAAGGUACAUUUGGAGAAGUCUAUUUAGCUAAAUGGAAUGGUUCAGUCGAAGUAGCAGUUAAAAUGAGACUCGAUCCUACAGAUCGUAGUCGAUUUAUUGAAGAAGCACGCCUUAUGCAUGCUUUUCAUCAUCCACGUAUUGUUCAACUUUUGGGCGUAUGUACUGAACCGGAAGACCAACCAGUUUAUAUUAUUACUGAAUUAAUGCGCAAAGGAGCUUUAUAUGAUUUUUUACGUACAGAAGAAGGACAUAAAUUGACUUUGGAUGAUUUAAUUGAUAUAAUGGCACAGAUUGCUAGUGGUAUGUCGUAUUUGGAAGAAAUGAAUUCUGUUCACCGAGAUUUACGUGCAGCUAAUAUCUUAGUGGAUCAAGAUUAUUCAGUUAAAGUUUCAGAUUUCGGAUUGGCUAAAAUUAUUAGCGAUGAUUCUCAUGCUGAUCCAAAUACUAAAUUUCCUAUUAAGUGGACAGCUCCAGAGGCGGCUUUACAGCAUAUCUUUAGUAUAAAGUCUGAUGUAUGGUCGUUUGGUAUAUUGAUGUAUGAGAUAGUCACUUACGGUGGAACGCCUUAUCCAGGUUCAAAUACUAAUUGUCAUUGUUUAGAUAAUCCUUCCCCUCAUAUUAACAGUAACCUUCAUCAAACAGUCUCCCAAAGUGUGAGCAUACUAAUUUGUACAAUGGUUGCUCAGUUAAAUUAAACUGAAUUACAAUGUUAACGUGAUAUGACAGGUAAUAAUUAAUGCUGAAAAUCAGGUCUCUUUAUUUGAUUGGUGAGUGAGUGACCUACGGAUUCCAACCUCGUACUUAUUAUUAAAUGUCAUCUAAUCACGUCUUCUUGUAUUUAAUAUCUUUGGAGUUAAUCAUGUCAUUUUACUCGAGGUGAAACCUACUUCUUUGCUGCCAUAUGGUUUUUUUUAAUAAUAUUUCAUUUGCGGGUGUGCAUCGACACGUCAAUCUUAUGAGCAGCUAUCGCUUGAUCGCAUAGUAUGGUUUCGGUUCAUCUGUCAGCCAUAUCAUCAUAUUCAUUCGUCAAAUACUGAAACCUAUCCUCCAUAACAGGACCUCAUCCACACAAAUCAUAUUUUCUCACCCGUAAGACUGAUAAACGUUUUUUGUUAGUUGUUACUAUUUAUCAGUCCAUUUCGGCAUUUUUCCAUUCCGCUUCUGUCUAUAAAGUAUUUUCUCGUAACCAAAAUAAUUUGUACUUGGGGAUGUGGGAAAAUACCUAUAACUUUGUUUCCAUAGUCUUAUUGCAUGCAUAUGUGGUUUUGUAAAAUCUGUUCAUUUCUGUCCAUUGUUUUUCUUCUAGGAAUGACUACCCGUCAGACAGUAGCUGAGGUUGAAAAAGGUUAUCGAUUACCUUGUCCUCAUACUCCUGAACAUCCUUGUCCUGAUGACUUAUACAAUCUUAUGCGAAAAUGCUGGGACGCUAGACCAGAGAAUCGUCCUACAUUUCGUUCUUUGUAUGAUGUUUUUGAAAACUGGUCUACGCACACAGAAGCUCAAUAUCUAGAUAACUAGGAUCCAAUCUUCCUUUUUUCUUAAUAAUCAUUCCUAAUUCAUAUUAAUAUUUCACUACGUGUACAUUUCCGGUGAAGUAUUUUUCUUCCUGUGAAUUCUUGGUUUUUCUUUAUGUACAUAUUAAAUAUUCACUUUUUGUGGCCAGACUGUUCAACGUGUAUUGUACAUGCAUCUGUUUAUUGUUUUAUUAGCUACCUCUCUUGUCAUUAAUUUCUCCUACCUUUGUGUUUUCUAUCUACUCUUUUCUGAUUUUAAAAAAUGACACAGUAUCCUGUUGUCUACAAAUAUAUCCCGCGCCACUAAAUUUCUAUGUAAUACUGAUGUUUUGUGUCCCACAACUCUGUCGUACAUUUAUAUUUAUAUCCUUCCAGUAUUUUAAAAGUUAUACUGCUUUUGCUUUCGUAGGCAAAGAAAAUAGCAAUCGUAAUUUCCGAUGAAUACUUCCAAUUCGCAUAUAGAUUACUAUAUAGGCCUCUGCAUUUUCUCAAAAUCUACUCAUUUUAGCUAAGUUGUGUAUAUCAGUAACACUGCUAAUCGACUUCGUUUUAUGUGUAUUCUAUAAUUAUUAUUCGGUUUUUGUAAGUUAUGUAUAUCGCAUUUUUAGUGUAACUUUUUUCUAAUCCUCUCAAUAUGCUUUUUUUUCUAGACUACCUUUAAAUAAUUACAUUACCAAACGUUUUUGUUUUUGUGUGUACAAUAUGAAGAGUAAAGUUGGCAAACAAUUCCAGCACACAGCAAAGCUAAUUAUUAUAACAAUGUGCAUCCAGUAUACCUUAGUUCUUUUCUUUCUUUUUCUAAUGCCUAGUGUAUAUCUGAUGUAACCUGAGAAGUAUCACUAUUCUACUGCUGUAAACAUCUUAUUACGAAUAUAUAUACACCUUUUUAGUUGGAAACAAACUAUUCAAUGUCAGUAUCACUCUACCGUCGUAGAAAUACCUGUAAAUUCUGUGUGUGUUCCAGUCCACUUAGUGCAAGCAGAAAGCAUAUUCAUGCGAUUGUCUAUAUCGAUUUUUAUCGCUCUCUCUCUCUCUACCAGUUAAUAUUCGAAUAAAUUAAUGUUUGAUUCAUUUCACUUAGUGGCGUUUCUUUCUCAUAAGGGUGAUCUCAAUACUAGUUGAAUUGGUUCCUGGAUGAGAUUCUUAAUGUCAAUAUGUGCGCAUUGUUGAAUCUGUAUUCAUUGCUCUGAUUGUUAUAUAAAUUAUGAAACUAAAAGAUCCAACAUACAACAUUUUCGCUCUUAUUCUUGUUUCAUGCAUCCUUUUCUAAUUCUGCCACUGUUUAUUGCCUAUGAAUUGAUCAAUGUAUUUCGAUUGCGUGUAUUAUUCUUAGUCUUUCCUUUUAUCCAACCGAAAUGCAAUUUUCGUGUAUAUGAUUUGCGUUGUCUGUUCACAACAAUUAUAAAUAAAAUAAAAUGUACUAAAUUC